GUUCCCAAAUGUAAAGCUUUUGACCACAAAACUUUCUGUCGAAGAAAUGGUCUACUUUCAGACUGACAUUUUGUACUUACAUAUGUAUGUAUUUCAUCCCUUAAAAAGAUAUACGUUUAUAAGGAUGCUAUGAGCGCCGAGAAUUGUGUUUCUUGCAACAUUUGCAUGUAGUCAAAGAAUUUCCAUAUACAUACAUGCAUACAUAUGCCAAUUUUUAGUUGCAUAGUACAAAAGCCAUUUGGAUCUUUUGUUUCUUGUGGAGAAAGGACAUGACAAAUAGCGAUAGAAAUAUAUAAAAUUCCUGCAUAACGGUAUGUAGAAAAGACUCAGUCACUGAGCACAACUAAGAGAGUUUGGCAGGAAAAGGAACUGCAUAGAAAAAAAACAUAAAUACGAAUCUCACGGCGAGCCGAAGUGUUGAUGCGAUAAAUCGUAGACGAAACGAAAAGAAAACGGAUUAUUUUGCAAUUAAAAAUUUUUAAGAACAUAUUUGUGAAUUGUGAGUAAUAUAAUAAUCUUAAGCCUAAUAAAGCGAAAAGUGGAAAUUUGCAUUAACGUAAGCAUAACAUUACGGUAGACACUAAUUGAAUUCAAUCGAAAAUUUGCGAAUUCUGCACAACGCCCACACUUCUUGAUACAUUUCCAAUACUAACAGUAUCUGCUAUCAACCAGCAAAAGGAAAAAAAUCAAGCAUCUUUUCCAUAAGUUCUGUAACUCAACUAGAGCAACCAGAAAAUGCGUAGUCGCACAGAAUUAGUGACCACCACUUUCGAGGACUCCGAAGAGGAUUACAGCGAGGAUGAUGAUGACUCCGAGGAGGAUUGGCGUCCGGCCGCCUCAUCAUCGGCCAAUAAAAAUGGCAAAAAGCAAAAGCAAAAUCGUUUGGCUGGCGCAGCAGCGGGCAGCGGUGGUACUAGCAGCAUCAGCGGUGGGGGCAAUGCCAAACGUGGUCGAAAGCGUAAAGGCGCUACGAAUGUGGGUGGUGGUAAGCAGCAAACAGUGGUGGCUAAACGAAAAGCACCCAGCGCUGCAUACGAAGAAAGCGAUGAUGAUGAUGAUGAUGAUGACAAUGAUGAUGAUAUCGAUGAGGAUGAAGAUGCUGUGUUGAAUGAGGAGUUGAGUGAUGAUGAGUUGGACGAUUAUGAGGAUUAUGAGGCGCAAGCAACGACCGGUACAGCACAUGUGCCGGCAACUACAAAGAAGGGUGGUGGUGGUGGUGGUGUUGCAGCAGCAGCAACUAAUAAUUUGCCACCCAAAAAGCAAUUUACGGAUAAAACUAGCACAUCCGCAACGCCUGGUGCAACAGCAGGCUCUUCAGCAGCAGUUCCACAACAUUCGCUUGAGUUGCUACUUUACAAACGGGAUUUGAAUGAGGAUUAUUCCAAAAAUAAUCGUUUAUGCCUGUGGCGAAAGGAUGAUAAUAACUUGUUGCAGAAAUAUAUACGUGUUAAGACUGCACCGGAGGAGCUGCUCUUCACAUCCAGCUCAGUGUAUUCAAGCUGGGAUGACAAACGCUUGUCUGACUUUGUAAGCAUCAAAGUAAAAUGUCUGGAUCCGAAUAAUCGGCGUGUUAAAAUUAUGGACACCGCUGAGCUUAGCAAAUUAGUCAAAGAACAAACGAAAAAUAACGAACAACAAAAGUUGAAUAAACGAAAAGGCAAUGAUGGCGACGAAAGUGAUGAUGAUGGUGCACUCGAUAAUGACGAUAACGAAGAAGAUGACGAUGAAUUGGACACCGAAGAUGAAGAUGAGUUGGACUACGGCGAAGCGGCCGCAUCGAAAACCAAAACAGGCGCCAAAAAGCCGCCACAGAAAAGGGCGCCAACCAAAAGUGGUGUGAAAAAUUUGAAACGAAACGAUAGCACUGAUGAAAAUGAUAAUGAGGAAGACGAGGAAAUCGAUGAGGACGACAUUGAUGACGACGAGGAUGAUGGUGAUGAAGAUGAUGAUGAGUAAAUGUGUAUGUGAAAGCGAAAUUGUAUGAAUUCAUUAACGAUAUAAAAUAAUUAAGCGAUUUUAAUAUUGAAUUAGUAGAGACUAGUAUAGAGCGGGUGACGAAGAGAGCAACGGAAGAAAACGUACACUUAAGCAUUUCAAGUUAUUUAUUACUGAACCUUAACGAUUUUUCAGCAUGUGUGUGUUAAUUUUGAAAUAAUUAUUAAUGAUAUUAGUAUAUAAUAUCGUCACAGUGCGCAACGCAGGUACUUUCAAGGCUGACGGGGUGGUUUAGACUGCACGUGAGCUUCAGUGUGGCAGUUCUCGUGGCGGCUGCUUUGCGAACUUUGACCGCUUUAAACUAUAAACACGCAUACUUACCAUACAGACGAAUACUUCUAAGUAAAAUUCAAGCCAAAUCAAGGUUUAAAUAUUAACGAAAAGUUUUAUUAUAUAUGGAGAAUAAGUAAAGGAGGCUAAAUACUAGACUAAGUUUUGUGUGAUCAACCAUUAUAAAUACUUAAGACUUACCGAAAUCAGUAGAUAUUUAAUUUAAGUUUACGAAUUCGAUUAGAAAAGAUGGAAAUUUUGCCAAAAUACCCAUACAAAUAAAUUUAUAUGCAUGCAUGUAUUUAUGAAAAAA